UCGUUUCAGUUCUUCCGCGCCAAGCUAGAUGAUCCCCCGCACGGUUUGCCGAAGUCACCUAGGCCGUCGCGAUGGGGCUCCUGAUUCACUGCCAUGCUUUGGCCAUGUGCAUCGCCAUUGUUUCUGGGUUGAAAGAAACCAUUGCGCAGAAUCAAAUAGGAGAAAAUGGACCCACUGCCAAUAGUGAUGCUGGAGGUUUGCACUUUCUACCUGGUCAUGUGCCUGGAUCUGGGAAUGGCUCAGCAAUAGGAGGCAAUCAGAACGACUUACCACAUGGAAACAUCAAUAAUGAAAACUCAAAUACCACUGCUGAAGAGCCUACUGGGAAAAUAGGAGGGCGGCCUUCAAGAUGUUACAAACCUCCAGUGCAAGGAGUAUGCCGAGCAUUUAUACCUACCUGGUAUUUUGAUCACUGGUCCUUUCACUGCAAAAUAUUUAUCUAUGGUGGCUGUGGUGGAAACAGAAACCAAUUUCGUUCUGAAAAAAAGUGCCAGGAGGUCUGCCUGCCAAAGAAACGAGUCAAACUCGUGUGCAGUCUAAAGCCAGAAGUUGGGUCAAGGUACAAUCGUAGAAAGUGGGUUUUCGAUGCGGACAAAGGCACCUGCUAUAAAUUGGGAAAGCAUCAAUAUGCGCAAAACGCUAACGGUUUUCCCACAUGUUGGCUCUGCAUGAAGAGAUGCAGUCAUCUCAAGGCAAGAGCGGGGUGCGCCUCAGCUCGUGGACCCAAUUCAACGCAACAACAGCAGCAAGAAAUGACCACAGGGAAUAUCCCGCCUAAUUCUACUAUGAAUAACCAUCUUCCCGAAUAAACAUCAUGU